UAAAAGUUUGAAGUGGAUUUCGUGAUGGGAACUUUGGGAAAAAACCGUCCCGAUUUUCUCACCUUUUCUGAAAGUUACAACGGUUUCGAAUCCUCGUACCAUCAAAGCAAAGAUGAGUCCGUGGCGUUUCUGCGGGAAGCUUUCGGAGCGAGAACGUGCUGCACCGUGCAAUCCUGGGCACUGGUAUUUGCAUUCGCGAAAAUGGUAUACUCCUGCUGUCUCCUGGGGCUUUUGUCCCUCACCGUGUUGGGUGUCCUGUUAUCGUCGUCCAGCCAUAAAAAGAACAAUGUCCCUCCUACGGAUAUGCAAAUGUCGCCAAAUCUGUCCUCGCCAAUCCCGACGAGCAAGGAGAAAACUCUGCUGGUACUGGCCGUGGUUUAUUUCGUGCUCCAAAUCUGCGUAGCAUUCUCAUCCUCAAAAAUAUUCGGAAUCAUUGCUCAACUUCGGGGCAACUUUCUCCCCAAACUGCGCCGAAUUCUGGGCGUUUUUGUCAUCCUGAAGAUAACCUCGUUGGGAAUUCUGGUCCCGUUUUUCAUCCUGAACAACAACAACAAUGUUCCAAAAGGGGGAAACAAUGGUGCGGAUGGGGGCAACUUGAGAAUGGUGUCGUCGCCUCCGAGCAGUAAUCCGAUGGGGACGCUGGGUCUGGCUUUCACCUCGUGCGACACGGCUUUCACCCUCGUCUACGUCCUCGUGCUGGCCCUUUUCGUCAUCGAGGGGAGCAAGGGGAGUGGAAAAAGGGGGCAGGAAAGGGGGGUCGUCGUCGUCAAAGUUGGUGGCGGCAGUGGGGGUGGUGCAGGGGCAGGAAAGAAAUAUAGCAAAUAG